AUGGUUGGGGAAGUAAGCGUGGAAGAGAUUUGCAGGGUUUUGAGCAGGGCUGGCAUUGGCAUCAGAGGUGAUGAACUCAAGGCCAUUGUGGGAUCCGAGAGAUUGAACUUCGAGGCGUUUGUCAAAUUUUGUCGAUCGAUAGUGAGCACAGAGAAAUUCAGACAAGAGAGUGUCACAGACAACGACGAGGAGUGCGAUUUGAAGGAGGCCUUCAAUGUCUUCGACAUUGAUCGAGACGGGUUCAUAUUGAGCGAGGAGGUCGAGAAAGUGCUGUGGAGACUUGGGUUGUGGGAGGGGAAGGAGGAGGAUUGGAAGAUGAUGAUACAGAAGUUUGAUGAGAAUUUAGAUGGGCGUUUGGAUUUUCAAGAGUUCAAGAACAUGAUGUUGAGGAGAAAUGUGCUG